UCGAUUACAACGGCGGGUGUCGCUGGUCUUUGUGACACUUGAUGCUCGGUGUGAAAAGGAAGAAGAAACAUGGAGGAAAUAUAAAUAGGGUAAACAGUGACCUGCUAGUGCUGUGGUCCUAAUAGCAUCAAUUUGAAGUUCCGAAGCUCGUUGUUGAACAAUGAUCCAGACAAAAUGGGUCAGGGUCUGUGUUUAUGUUCCCGUGGCUCCAUCAUGAUUGAUAACAAGAAAUAUUACUUCAUCCAGAAUCUGGACGAGGGAGGCUUUAGUUUUGUGGAUCUGGUAGAGGGGGCGAAGGAUGGUUGUCCGUACGCCCUGAAGAGAAUCCUAUGUCAUGACCGCGAAGGUCACCGUGAAGCGCAGACGGAGACUGAGAUGCAUCAGAUGUUUAAUCACCCCAACAUCCUGACGUUGGUGGCUCACACCUUUGUUGAUCGUGGUGGUAAAACGGAAGCCUGGCUGCUUCUACCGUACAUGAGUAAAGGCAGUCUAUGGUCUGUUCUGGAGAAGCUGAGGGACAAGGGCAGCUCAAUGCCUGAGAAACAGAUUUUGCAGAUUUUCCAGGGCAUCUGUUUGGGACUAAAGGCCAUUCAUGACAAAGGCUAUGCACACAGAGACAUAAAGCCCACAAAUGUCCUUCUGAACGAGGACAACAGACCAGUACUGAUGGACCUGGGCUCCAUGAACCGCGCCAGGAUUGAGGUUAAAGGAACAAGAGAAGCCAUGACCAUCCAAGACUGGGCCGCCCAGCGCUGUACCAUUUCCUACAGGGCUCCUGAACUGUUUAACGUGGAGAGUCACUGCAUCAUAGAUGAGCGCACUGACAUCUGGUCCCUGGGUUGUGUGUUGUACUGUAUGAUGAUGUUGGAGGGGCCGUACGAUCUGGUGUUUCAGAAGGGGGACAGUGUCGCCCUGGCUGUCCAGAAUCCAGUGACUAUUCCAAAGCCUUGCAGUUACUCUGAGAGUCUACAAAUGCUGCUCAGCUCCAUAAUGGUGUCAAACCCACAAGAGAGACCAAACAUCAGCUGGGUCCUGGACCAGGUUCAGGACCUUUUGAGUCGAAGCCCCAACACCCAAUCUAACAUGGUCUGAAGCUGCACGGUUUGGAUCUGUAAGGACCUUUGUUUGCAUUAUUGUUCGGUUAAAUGUUCGGUUAUGACAUCAUUGUAUGAGUGACAACGUUUUCACAACAUUUUUUUUAAGCCAAGUGUGUGUCAUUUUACCUGUGGCAGAUUCGUCAGACCGCCACCAGAUGUCAGUGGUGUCGUGCCUUAGCAGCUGGUGUUAUCACCACCGACAUCUGGUGGCGGUUUGUCGAAACUGUUACAGGUAAAAAACUAAACACUUGUCUUAAAAAAAAAGAACAAAACUAUUUAACACGUAGCCAUAAUUAACUUUUGCAAUAUUUCUUUAAAAUAUUAAGAUUAAAUUCUACUAAUUAUUGAAUUCAGUAAUGAUUUUCUCACUUUGGUUUUCUCAGUUUGGGAAACUUUGAUAAGUAUAAACUGAGUGACAUCCAGUCUGUUUAUUCAAGUAGAAUUAUGUGUUCCUGAAAAUAUUAGAAUAAACAUCUAAAAGGCCUUUCAUUUACUUUAAGUGUUAACAUAGCAGUGCUGCUUUAAACGAUAAUGUGGCCUUAAGCCUUUGAUGAAGGAAUAGAUUGACAUUUUUUUAAAGAAAGUAAAGACAGAACGUCACUUCCUGUGACCAACUCCUGUCUAUCCAAAGCGAAACUGGAGCAGGUUUACUAAAACCAGAUGAUGCUUCUGUGGGCUUAAAUCUUUUGACUUCCUGUUUUUUCACAUUCCCUCGCUUGUUGGCAGGCAGAAUUAAAAAAAAAAAAGUAUAAGGAAAACGUUGUGUGAAAGCUGGUAUUUUUGCGAAUGAAAAUUAGACUGCGUCAUUGCAUUCCAUUCCAUUCCAUUGUUCGUGCUCAGUUUUGUUUUUUGCUCUUGGAGGCAGUGCAACUGCAGUCCUGCUUUUGACCAGAGGGAGGUGCUACAAUAUCACUUAUGCUUUUGAGUACGUUAAGGUAUUGACAAAUAUUUAAUGUAAGGGGGGGGGGGGGGCUAUAUGUUACUUCUUCACAUUUUAACGCAUACUUUUAUUAAAUAUACUGUUUUUGAAUUACUUGACUGUUUUUCCCAUAAUGCUUCUGCAGAUUUAGCCAUGUUUUAUUUUUUUUAAUUGUUUCAGUCUGUUAGUGUUUUGACUCUUUUGUCUCAGGGUUGACCUUCAUCUUUAACAGUCUGAUGGUUGUUCUUUUCACAUCUCGAUGGUACUUUUUAAAUUAUUCUGAUACAAUUUAAUUUUAUUUUUUUUUGCUUCCUGUGUCAGCCUGUUUCGCAACCACGAAGGACCGUACGCUUAACAGACCGAUUGUUAUCUUUUAAACACUACAUAUGAUCGCGUUUCUUUAAGAUAAGGAUUAAACUGUGUAUAACAGCUCUUCGCUAAAGGUGAUCCCUACAGACUUAAGUAAAAAGGUUAUUUCACUGUUGAAUUUUUUUGUUGAAAUUAUUCGACAUCUAUUACUGCAACAUCAAGGAUUGAUACAUAUUAGCUCUGUUACACACUGUUUACCAUUCCAAAUAUAACAUUGUACAAAACUAUACAUCUCAUAAUGUAAUUAAAAAAAAAAAAAGUCAAGUUGAAAUAUUCAGCCUGGUUAAUGAAUCCGUGUUUACAUUUUUUGCAUGCUAAUUAAUACCAAACACUAAAAUUUCAUCAGACAAAUUACAGGCCAAUAUUCUAUAUAAAAUUGUGUUUUGUAUAAAACUGGACCUACUGCCAAACAUAAAUACUUGUUGUAAUAAAUAGAAAUUAUACACAGGGUCGUGUAUUAAUAUUUCAAUUUGAAACAUGCAGGCUACAAAUGAUAGGUUAGCAAAAAAAAAAAGGAACACAAAAAAACUAAAAAAAAAAAUCAUAAAUAGCUGUAGUACAUCAUGAUUAUCAUGAUAUUUUGCUUUCAUUUAUUUAAAUCUUGAUGUAUAGUUAACAUUAUUGAGUCAGGUUAUUGAUGACGUACGUUCACUCGAAAUGUUGAUGUACAGUUGGGCGGUAACGCUAAGUCAAUUUUAUUUGUAUAGCCCAGAUUUAGAAAUCGCAUUUGUCUCAUUGGACAAUUUUAAAUCAAGUUUGAAAU